CACUCCUGCCGGAAAAGACUGGCUUGCAGGCGAAUCUGCAGGCUGGAAAGUCUACAGCACAACAGAAAUGGACAAGACCAAUCUCAACAACCUCUUGAAUUCAGGCGUUCUACCACGCCCCAUGUCACUCGUAUCCACGAUCAGCGAGGAUGGCGUCACCAACUACCCGCCUGUCAUCUCAUUCACGAUCAACCACAAUGCUACGGGCAGCCUAAAAGAUACGACCGCGAACCUGAAGAACGGCCAAGGAUUCACCGUGAACAUCAUCAGCGAGGCAUUCGUCGAGAAUGCAAAUUCGACUGCCGUAGACGCUCCUCCCGAGUUCGACGAGUGGGCUCUCAGCGGUCUGACAAAGGAGAAAUGCAUACGUGUGCAAAUAAGAGCCUCGCGCGUCAAGGAAAGCGCUUUUAGCAUGGAAUGCGAGCUCUACAAAUCGAUAGAUAUCACACAUCCAGUCACAGGCGAGCACAACAGCACGCUCAUCCUUGCGCACGUCAAGUACUUCCACGUGCGCAAAGACAUGCUCACAAGCAGAGGUGCCGUCGACCUCACAAAAUUCAAGCCUGUCGCGCGUGUGGGCGAUAUUUCAUAUGCCCGGGUCGGAGAUACAUACAGGAUCCCUGUGCCUUCAUGGGCGCAGGAGGAGGCGAAGAUACAGGAAGCAUUGAAGACACUCGCAUCACUAUAAAAUAGAACGAGGGUGGCUUACCAUUUCUGAGGAAGAUAUACCAUAGAUCAUAUAGAUAUCAGCAUCCAGGCGGGAUAGAGUCCGUCGCUAUUUCUUUUCCCUAAGAUAGACCUUUAUAAUUGACUAGC